GUCAUUAUACAAUGUUUUCAUCUGUUUUCAUCAGCGGCAAGAAAAAAGAGCAAAAAAAUACCAGAUCUUCACAAAAUGGCGGCACCUAAUAGUGUGUCGGCUACCGAAGGGCAGUCAUGGAAUUCUUGGGCCGAAACUAUCGGCUUCAGGAGCCCAGAAACAGACGAAGAAGCCGAUACAGAGGCAGAGACAGCGAAAAGAGAAAGCGAUGCCAUGAAAUUAAGAAAAGAGGAUAUGGAACUUUUCGGAUUUUGUCCAGCGUGGGACGAUUUCUAUUUAGUUGUGUGUGAAAUAUGUAACCAAGUCACAAAACCACAGGCUCUGCGAAAUCACUUGGAGCAGCGGCAUGGGAGCGUUGGCACGUUUGGUCGAAGUGACCAUACUGCUGACCCAUCUGUGCUCCACCCGGCGGGUGGAGGGAAGUCGUCGGGGCACAGCUCCUCGUCUUCAUCGUCGUCGUCAUCGUCGUCGUCAUCAUCUUCCGCACCGCGACACUCGAGCGGUCCUGCCGGGCGCCCAUCGUCAACAGCAAAGGCUCCAUCUGGGUCUUCACUGUCAGGGAGGCAUAGCAGUGCAGUGGAAAGGCUAAAACGCAACAACCACACGCUGGCCCCCGUUGUCCGGGUGGAGCGAAUGCCACUUCCACGACAGCCCGAAGCCACGGCCGCCCGCAACAGCUCGCCAGGCCGUGAAAAGGAAUUGCCUUCACCUCAGCAGCCACCACCUUUAACCCCUGGAGGACUGGGACUGCUUUCUGGGCCGGGGCCAGGGCAGGCCAAUCACGUAGCACCCGACGCAAGCACCAGCAGCACGUCAGCAAUGGCCUCUGCGAUGACUCCUGCUGCGGCACCUACUCCCAUAAGGAAGACGCCUUCCAGCAGUGGUUCCACAGCGAGCACCAGUUCAUCACUUGGAAAGAAAAUGCAGCGGGAGAGAAAACUGCUGCCUUGUAAAGAUCGUGAGUAUGACCCAAACAAGCACUGUGGUGUCCUUAUUGGAGACAGUGGGAAGCCAUGCACACGCUCCCUCACUUGCAAAACUCACUCCUUGACGCUACGCCGAGCCGUUGCAGGGCGCCGCAAGAACUUCGACGAGCUUCUGACAGAGCACCGAGCCACAAAAGAAGCAGCACUCAAUGCCAGCAAAUCAGCACAUCCACCAUCGUCAUCAACUAUUUCUGUAACAGAUGGAGUAGCCGCAUCACCCGCACCGUCACCACUGUCAUCUCAUCAUGCCGGUGGCCCAUCAUCCACUAACGUGGCAGCAUCUUCUGCUGGCAAACACGGUUGCCCCAGUGAAGGUGCACCUUGGAGCUUGGCUUUUUUGCCAAGUGUCAGCAUUCUGGGAAAUCCAUCACUGCCAGGCAACAGGACGUCUGGGGGAUCAGGGCAUUUGCUUGUGCGAGCCCCAAGCAGUGGUUCCAAGCAGUCUGUGUUACCCAGAGGGUCCAGUACGACUGCCUCCUCUUCCACAGCUGGAGCCACUGCCAAGCAGGACCAGCACACAAAAAGCACUCCUAUGGACACCACACCUGCUGCACAGGCAGGUACCCAGCCGGCCAGUAGCAGCUCUGCGAGCUCUGGAAGCACAGGGCGUCAAAGGCCUGACCAUAGCAAUGAUCCAUAUGUCUUGCACCAUCCAAGGCCAGCAGCUGUGUGUACCUUUGGCUUGAGGCAAAUGGUCAAUGGCCUGUUUCUAUUGGACCGGCGGUGGGAUGCGACACGCGCGGCUCUGGCCUCAGCUCUGGGCACUGAUGGCACACAACCACCGCCCCUGAAGAGACUCUGCGUGGUCGGCUCGCGGCUUCCAAAUGCUGCUGGUUCCAGCUACAUCAGUUCAAACAAUGAACACCAGCGCUCUGCUGAUUCGUACAGCUUUGGCAACACGGCAGUGGCGGAAACUCCUGUUGCAGUAGCCACAUCUCAGACUUCAGUGCCGCAUUCUCUGGCUGCUGCUGUACGAAGCAGCCCGUAUCCGACCAACACAAGCGGGGGCACGGCAAGCACUCAGGCAGUGCCUACAGCUAUCGCCGCCCACCCAGUGUCAAAAGCCACGCACCCGUCAAAGCAAGCAGCUUCGUCCAGGAGUUCAGCGAGCAACGGUGGUGGUGGUGGUAGCAAUGUGCUCCUAUCCAGUGCUCCUCGCAAAAAGAAGCCACUCUCCUCCACCGUCACUGCUGUGGUGACAUCAUCAGCUCCAUCAGUAGCCUCAUCACUGGCCACGUCAAUGGCGACCGGUGCGCCAGCGUCAUCUGUGGCUUCUGCAGUGCAAGUGCCAUUGUCGGGCACGCCAGUGACAUUUCCAUUUCGGACCCACAUGGGUGCGCUGUCGAGACUUCAGGUGUCGGGGCACAGUGUAGCACCCAAGGAUGGAGGGACGGCCAUGUUGGUGACCACGGCGGAUGUGCUCAAUGGGCAGGUCAACAGCAGUGGCUUGCUUCACUCAGUGACCAUCAGCAAACCGGCAGUGGCCACAACGCUGCUGCAGUGUCGCCCUGUCGACGAGAAGGCUACAAAGCCAUCUGCUGGGCCUACCCUGCUGAAGGCACGCAAACCGAACCCUCUUGCCUCCGGGCGCACCUCGACACCUGUGAUGAAGAACCACCACCAGCCUCCCAUCUCCCACGGGUUGGCCCUGUCGCAGGAACUGUUGGCAGCACCACAAGUGCCUGUGCCUGCAGCAAGCCAGCUGCCCAAUGGUAUGCCUACAGUACUGGGGCAGAGCAAGUUGUUCUCUGUGCCCAACCACUCGGUGCAGGGAGUGCUGGACGGCACCACUUAUCACCAGGCUCAAUUGGUUGCAAAAGGGGCACGGAAUGGCUCGAGGUCACAUCCCGGCCGUGCUGUGCUGCCCGACACAGCAUCGAGCAUUAUGACUGGUUCUACGGCGACGUCACUGCCAGCCUCUAUGGCCAAACAGCAGCUCUACCAGCAGGUUCUAGCAGGACAGGUGCAAGCUCAGCUGGUGCCAGCACCCCUAAAGCUUCCCUUGUUGCUCCCAAAUGACGAGCGACGUCACAGGCCACAGCAGCCGCAUCUCAAGGUGCCUGGUGGAUCACUGCCAACGUGAGGAUUGCCGACUUCAUCAUCAGUGCUGUUACUUUCCCGUGUGCCUGUGUAAAUAAGUGGACAACAUGACUGUCUCGAGAUUGUGUGCAAUCGGGAGCCAGCAGACAGCUCACAGCACCCACCAGGCUUCCUGUGGUGAAUCGCAGCAGAUGCCUGUAAAGGGCCGAAAAUUAAUAUUGUGGUACCGUACAUCGGGUGGGCCCUCGGGAUCUGUGUCCGCAUCACACAGUGAUUGACAACCUCCGUUCAGUCGGCACUGUGACCCGGCCCUUUUUCCGCACGGUGUUCCAAAAAUGCGGAGAACGAACAGUGUCGUGCAGUGAAAAAAAGCUGUGGGGGCAUAAUGCUUCUGCUCGGCAGCAACAGCAUGUUGCAGUGUUCACAUCUUCGUUUGCCUUGCCAUGACCAAAUUAGAAAAAAGAAUGCUAAAUUAUGUGUUUGUUUGGGAAAAUUAAAUCUGGUACUGCAGAGUGGUUUUCAAAAUGCGCUGGAGACCUGGCCAUUGUAGCAGGUAGAAACUCUCUGCUUGCUGGCGAGUUUUGUGCAUUUCGCUGGCUUUAUUGCGACCGCCUUGUGGAACAUUGUCUGUUCUUUGCAAAUGUUCAAAGCCUUCUCCCCUCUCCCUGGGUGCCACCCACAUCUCUUCAGUGAUGCCUUUCUUGCCCAUUUAUUUAAUUUGUCUUUGAUUUGAACGAGGUAAAUCAAGAGGCGGCACUUUAAUGCAAGUACACUGUGCCAUGCUGUGAACUUCCUUUCCUUAAACCUUUUGAUGUGUUUAACUGCAGGCAAUGGUUGACAAAUGGUAAGGUUCCUUGCUUCACUUACUUUGCUAACAAUAAAUAAUUGUUUCCCUCUCUUG